CUGUUUCACGUGUUUCACGUGUUUCACGCGUUUCACGCAGGCGGGCGCUGCGGUCGCGGUUCGCGGCCAAGCGCUCGCAACAUCCUCGCAGUCAGUUGACAGGUUCGGCCAUGUGGGGAUACUGAGCGGAGCCCGCAGACCGUCUGACACUGUAACUACUCUCACCAAAUAUUUACAUCGUCCACCGGCGCGGAGAAGAACAAUCACCUGGAAUAACCCUUGCAGGUGAAGCCCAGAACACAAAUGGAUUCCGAUGAAAGCAGCGCGAGCAACUUGACAAUGAAGGAAACUGGUGUGACCUUGACGUGGAACGACCUUUCUAUUUGGGCGAAAAGAAAAAAACAAGAAGAUAUUGGGUUUUGGAAACGCCAGCGCCAUGAAGAGUUCCAGAUUCUAAACAAUGUGAGCGGCUUUGUCAGGUCUGGGACGCUCAUGGCCAUCAUGGGAGGCAGCGGUGCUGGUAAAACCACUCUUUUGGCAGCAAUAAGUCAACGUGUUAAAGGUAAAAUAUCUGGCCAGGUGAUGCUGAACGGAAGAGUGGUGAACCAGAAAAUCAUGGCCGAUGUGUCUGGUUUCGUUCCACAACUGGAUCUAAUGGUGGACACGCUGUCUGUAGAAGAACACAUGGAGUUCAUGGCGCAGAUGAAAAUGGAUAGACGUGUUCAAAAACUUCAACGCAAAAGAAGAAUACACUCCCUUAUCUUGGAGCUUGGACUAAAUAAAUGCUCCCACACAAGACUGUCUGCAUUGUCAGGUGGAGAGAAGAGGAGAUUAUCGCUUGCUGUACAGCUGUUGAACGACCCAUCGAUCCUGUUCUGCGAUGAGCCGACUACGGGCCUCGACAGCUACAGCGCCACUGCAGUCGUGGAGAAGCUACAGCAGUUCACAGCGAGUGGCAAAGCAGUGGUCUGCACCAUUCACCAGCCCGCGUCGGGCAUUUUUGAUCUCUUCAACUCCGUGUUGCUUCUCGCCUGUGGCAGGGUUGCCUUCUAUGGCGACGUGAAAGAUGCUCCAAAACACUUUUCAAGCUUGGGACUUAUCUGUCCACCCACGUACAAUCAAGCAGAGUUCUACAUAUCUCAGCUGGCAGUGGUGCCCAGCCGGGAAGAAGAAAGUCACCGAAAGAUUCAGUGGUUGUGCGACGAGUUUGAGAAUUCUCACUAUGGCCAGGAGCUGACGAGACAGAUGGCGCUGGCCACGGGAAGCAGGAGCUCCAUUCUCUCCUUGCUGCCGUCCAGCAAGGAAGACACGUGGGACAACAUGUCAGAGAAGAGCACCAGCACAAUAGAGAGUAAAAGUGAAGUGUUCGAGCAGUAUCAUUUCAUCCAAAAGCCUAAAUACUUCACACAACUCUACUGGCUAGCAUGGCGCUCAUUCAUCGAUCUCAAGCGGCAUUCCUCUCAGAACUUGCUACAGUUAUUUUUGUAUCUGUGCGUGGGCCUCCUGAUAUCUACUCCGUACACAAACCUGGUGAUGGACGAGCAGACAGGGAUCCAGAACAUGCAAGGGCUGUUGUAUCUAACUGUCACCGAGACCAUCUUUACCUACUCGUACAGCGUCUUCCACACGUUCCCUCAGGAGAUACCUGUUCUGCUCAGGGAGAUUGGAAAUGGAUUAUACAACCCAGGACCUUACUACAUCUCGAAAAUGCUUAUUUCGAUUCCAAGAGCUAUUUUUGGGCCUUUGGUGUACACUGGACUCAUAUUUUAUAUAGUUGGGCUACAAGGAGGUGCUAUUGGUUUCUUCCUGUUUUGUAUUCCGGUUAUUUUUUGUGCUGUGUCAGCUACGGCAUAUGGCAGUGUGAUUUCUGCAUCAUUUGAGUUGGUGUCUACAGCAUCCUUGGUGUCUGUCCCAAUUGAAUUCAUAUCAAUAAUAUUUUGUGGGUUGUUUCUUCAGCUUGGAAACCUGCCAGUGUAUUUAUCUUGGGUUCGUUAUAUGUCCCAGUUCUAUUAUGGGAUAGAGGCUGUGUCUAUAUUACAAUGGAAGCAAAUUGAACACAUUCAGUGUCCAGAUUCACGUGAUAUACCAUGUAUCUCUACUGGUCUAGGUGUUUUGCAACAGUAUGGAUAUCAUGUUGCAAAUUUGACCAUUGAUUUAGCUGGCUUGGCAACUAUUUAUUGUAUUUGCCAUCUAAUUGGUUUUAUUGCAAUAUGGAAGCGCAGUAAAGCGCAAGCUGUUUACUAGAAAAAAUAUUUCUAGAAAAUCUGUUAGUGUGUAAUAUUCAAUGUAAUUUGGCAGCAUUGAUGUGAUAAGGAAAUUUUCAAAGGAAUAUCAAAACUUUUCAAAAGGGUGCGCUUUUUUACUGCCUUGAAAUAUGAUAUAUAAAGAUUAUGACAUUAUAUUUGUUUAGAAUUUUUUUUAAUUUUUAUAGUGGUAGAAACCCAGAGAUAUUGUAAUGUGUCUGUUAAGUUUAUUAGGAGUGCAAGAUUUAAAAACUAAAUUAAUAGUUUACGUUUAUAAAACACAUGAUUGUUUAAUUCACUUGACGGCUUGAAGCAGACUACUUUAAAUCACUGUUUUUGUCGAUGUACUAAUUGGAAAAUUUUAAUCUUCAGUUAAAGUUCUGCUUAGUAGCUUCGAGCAUCUUCAGGCACACUCAAAUAUGGAGUAGGUAGUGAAGUUCUGAUAUAGGUGAAGAUGUUGUACCUUUGACCAAUUUUGUAUGUCAAAUUUUUCUGAUCCAAUUUUCAUUAAAAAAAUUCCCGUCUAAUUUGGAAUAGUAGUAAUACUGUUUUGGCAACAAUAUUACAAUUAUUUCAACACUUAAUUACCCAUUUUUAAGUGUGUUUUUUUAGAAUUGUUGUAAGUAAGCAAUUUGGUCAAAGGUACAACAUGGUCUUGUACCUCUGACCAGGGGUAUUUGUACCUUUGACAACUAUGGACAAUGGAAAAAUUAAGUACAUCAAAAUCUAAUUAUAUUUUACAAUAUGCAUAAAUAACACAAAAAAUCGCAAUUUUAUAUUCACUGGCUCUCAAAAAUAGCUUAUAAGAAGAAGGCAUUAAUGAAAAUAACCAGCUAACCAUCAAUGUAAAAAAAUUUGCCUAGCACUCAAAUUCGUUUAAUAAAAGACUAUUCAUGGUAGCAAUGAGGUAUGAACCAUUAAUAUCAUAAGAAUGUAACUAUCUAUGAAACAUUGUAUUGAGAUAGAUUGACACCAAAUAACAAAUGGGAUUGCUGCCGGGCUGAUCCACCUGCUUGCAUUGGAUUCGGUAGCUUCAAAACAAUGUCAUUGUUGUAUAAAUCAGACAAAUUAUCAUCCCCCCUGACAAAUUUUGCACUUCUGGGUGUAAAUGUUUUCAAAUAUUUCACUACGAAGAUGUCUUGUGAUGUAACUGAUACCACCUGUGAAACAAAAUGCUUAACAAUCUUUUUUCCACACACUUUUGCAAGAACAAAAUUGCCUGUUUUAAUGCUGUCUCUUUAAAAUUGAGCAUCUUCAUUGAAUUCCCUAAGUUCUGAAAUCAUGCCAUACUCGCUGUCUGAUGAUGGCACUUCCAAGUUCAUUUUCAGUAUUUGAAUUUGAGGUCUCUUUUUGGAAGGAAAGCGCUCGUUGAAAUUAUUAUUUUUCUUUGGUUUUCGCAAAUUUUUGGCCACUCUUGGCCUAAUAUUAUCCUCCAGUAAUUUUGUUUCAGACGUUUCAGUCAAUAUGCGGGAUUUUACUUUUUGCCUUCGUACAUUAUUUGAUAUUUUUCUUGGAUGUGCCUUAGGAUGUGGUCGUAUCAUUUCUGGUGACCGAAUUACAUGUCCAGAAAUGCAGGGUAGAUUCUCAUUGGGUCUAUCUACAUUUUGUAGAUCUACAACAGAAUGAGGCUCUUCAGGUGAUGCAAGAUUAGCUGUAGAAACAGGGUCAUGAAGUCAAUAUCAGUGAAUAUAUUCUCAUUGAACGGGAAAAUACCAGACACUUCAAAUCCUUUCAGAAUAUUUGAUGGGGUGAAUGAACGAGGAAAUGCUAUUCCGGCCAUCGCUGCUACCUCAUAAAUUGUAACUGGUUCCCCAGCAUUUCCAGGUGAUAUCAUCCAAUUGUUCAUGGCUUCGUGGUAGUAAGUCUUGAAAGGCCCAAAGACACCUCUGUCAAGAGGUUGCAUCUUAUGACUGAUAUGUGGGUGAAAAAUCAGCAGAACAAUUCCAGAUUGUUUUGCCAAGUCAAUAACUGGAAUAUUAAUAUGGCUUUCGUGAUUGUCUAUGAGCAAGAGCACUGGUUUCUCAACACUUGGUUGAACAUGUUUCACAAAAUGUUACAUGAAUUGAACAAAAAUUGUUUCCUUUGACCAUCUCGAUGGAUUUCCUACACCAAAACUUCCACGUGAAGCUCCAUUCAGCAUGAAAGGUUUAAAGUACACACGAGGGAAAGCGAAUAAUGGAGGGGAUACUAUUUCCUGCCGCAUUCACUGCAGCCAUUAUCGUAACAUUCGUUGCGCGCUCCCCGGAAGUCAUACCACCGAUCUGCUUCUUUCCUUUUGGUGCUAAAAUCUUUGGUGGAAGUUGCACAGUUGAAAUCCUUGUUUCAUCACAGUUCCAGAUUUAAUUUGGUUCAAAAUUAUACCUAUGAAGGACACUUCUAGAGUUAGUGAAAACAUUUUCCACAUUGUCCCUAUUAUAAGCAGUUGCUCUGGACAAACUAGUUGCUUCUGGCUUACGCAGUGAUAGUUGGUUUGCAUUCUUCUUUGGAAAGUCUCGUAGCCAUUGCUCUCCUGCACAUUUAUUUACUUCCCAGGAAGGGUCAACUUUCUUGUGGUUUUGAACUGCGUACUCAUAGGCCAGACCACAUACCUGCUUUAAUGUCAACCCGUAGUGCAUAUUUGCGGCAUCAUGCAAAUACUGUACAAGAAGAAGUUCUUCAUCACUGAACACUCGCUUAGGUUUCUUCUGUAAAUAUUUAUAUUGUUCAUUCCCACAUUCCUUAGUUUUCUUCAAGUGAAAAAUCAAAGUUGGUUUCCUUAGAUCUAAAUGUUUUGCUGGUUCACCUAUUGUCACUUUUUGCUUACGAACUAAGCUUACUGCAAUUUCCAAGUCAUCCUUAUUUAUCUUCUUACUUUUAAUGCCUAGUUUACUUCUAGGCAUCUUGUCCAGUCACCUGAAAAAAAAUAUAAAAAUUAAUUGUAGAGAAAUAUGGCUGCAUCAGGUGUACCUUUGACCAGUAUAGGCCAUCGUACCAUUGACCGGUCAAAGGUACAACAAUACCUUAGUUUUCAAUAAAAAAAAUCAUGCUCAUUUUGAGGUUAGUUUCACAUAUUUAUUAUUACACACAUUUUUAUCCAGAAUGAUUACCACACAUUUAAAAUUGUUGAAACAUGAAUAGAAAUUAAACAAUAACAAAUGAUAGCAUUAAAGAAAUACUUUUAUGGUUUGAAACUAAUAUAAUUAAUUUUACGAGAACACUUGGGGCUUCUUUCUAAAUGGAAAAUAGAGCUACAUUACUCUCGGUGGUGGAAGUACAGACUAACAGUACCAACUCAUGAAAUUUUUCUGUAUAACACAUAAAAACAUUGAGUGGUUAAAGGUACAACUGGUCAAAGGAACAGCACCUUCUCUUACUGGAUCUCAAUUUAUUAAACAUUAACUUACAUAAAGGAGUAGGAGAACAAUUUUUUUUUCAAUACAUACUGAUGUAGGACUACUCACAAAUAUAUUAUGUGAUCAAAGUUUUUUUCAAACAAAUCAUGUCCAUAUUUUUCUUGAUAUUGUGAAUUAUUUUUAUUAUUUCAAUAGAGACUUAAUCUUUUUCCAUUGAGAUACAAAAAAUUAAAGCUGCACAAACACAAACUUUUAAUUAAUUUCAAAUGGCAACACCAAAUUUACCUCUAUUCCCAAUACAGUGCUUGUAAAUGUGACAAAAGCCACAUAUUCCACUGGUCAUAAAUUAAUUUUUAUGUUUAGAAAAUUUUGUAAUCAUAUAAUUUAUAAAUUAAUUUCGGUCAGUGAAUAGUAGCUGUAUCUUAUGGCCUACCUUUAUCAUUGGAUCAAUGGAUCUUGCAGAGCCUUUCCUACUUCCAUUAUUGAAUGGGCUAGCCAUAUUAAAAUUAUGAUCUAAUAUGCAUUAUUUAAAACCAUUGAUUGACUUAUUUGUCUUCAAUAUCUGGCAAUAACAUCACAACUCCUUGCUUUAAAAUAGGCUUAAAUAUUUUUUUUCUACUGCAGCUUUUGGGUAGAGUUUUCACUAGGGGAGUAUUGAUAGCAAAAAACUCAACACUUGCCGUAAUGCAGUUAUUCAUUGUUUAAAUGAAUAAAAUACAACCAACUAUCUUCACUGAUUGUCAAACAACAUGCAAAUUGACAGAGCAUGUCAAAAGAAUGUGUUGUGAAACUGUAAAAUAUAUUUAUUAGAUAUUAGCACAAUGCAUUAAUUUGUAAGUACAAUGUAUGAAGAAAAGUAUUUUUAUAAGUACUUUAAUACUAAUCAACCAUUAUAAGCAAAAAAUAAAAUCUCAUAAGUGUGUUUUAUCAGCCAGAGCUUACAAAAAAUGUUUUUUUAUAGCUAAGGUACUAAAUUUGGCAAAUACAGAUUACUUAUCUAUACAAAAUAUCAGCUGAUCCUAAUGAAUGCAUAUCCAUAUCGGUACACAAAUAGUUUCCACUAUGGUGUUGCAAUGUGUCUGUCUUUGCAGAAAAACAUGUAGUACUGAAAACUUCCACUUGAUAGAAUGUAAGCGCUAAUGGCCCAGCCACAUAUAAUUAUGUGUAUGUUUAAGAAUCCUUCAUUGAAAUAGAAUUAUCUUGAAACUCGCACCUUAUAACCAGAAUUUCUGAGAAAUAAUGGCAUAAGAUAAGUUUAUCACAUGUUUUGUGAAUGUACUUGGUUACUGACAGAGAAUUAUCUAUAAAGGUUUUGAAGUAUUUUGCUGGAUCAUAAAAAAAAUCCUUUAUAGAUUAUUUAAUUAUAUUCUUUUCUUGAAAGUAACUUUAAUAGGAUUUGAUUAUUUGUUUUCCAUUAACAUAAGUUGUUGACAUAUUUUUUUAUGUUUAUGAGUCAACAAAAUUAGGCAUUUGAAUAGUUACUCUAUCGUACCUAAUGAAUUAUAAAUCUGAGGUACAACGUUGAUUGCAUUCUUUUCAUUAAAGUUUUAAAUUUGUAAAAAAACAUUUUUUUAUUAUAAUACUGAGUCAUUCAUACAUGAUAUUGAAAUGAACACUAGGUAUAAUAUUGCUAAAAAAUUUAAAUUGGUUAUAAUAGACUGAGGCCUCCUUAUUGUGUGUAUGUAUGUAAAUUGCUAGUGUUACAUGUUUGUUAAAAGAGCAGGCUUGUAUUGUGAACUAGUUCAACAGAAAGAUAAGUACUUAAUUAAAAAUAGUGCAAUGAAUAAUAAACUAAUAUAUGUGUACCGAACCAUUAGGUAAUAAAUAUCUGAAAUCUAGAUGUUUGUAGAAUUAAAGUGUAACAUAAAUAUGCCUUGAGUUGUCACCAAAAAUGUUUAUGUAGCUAUCUAACAGAUUUUUGCAUAAAAGAAUGGAGUUAAUAAACAAUGUACUAUUAUUUCUAAAAUAAUGUGUGGAGUUAAAAAACAUGUGAUUGGAAUUUCGAAGUGAAUAACCCAUUAAUGUGUUUUUUUAAAAUUAAUUUUUAAUGAUAUUAAUUUAAUUGUAUUAUUUUGGAUUUGACUGCAUUCUAUUAUUGUGAACUAUAACAGAGUUUAUGAAAAAUGCUAUGUGGAAUGAUAAAUAACUGCUCAAAAUUGUAAAUAUGCAUUUUAUUAAUAAUCUUUUAUCAAUAUAAUACAGACAAUGAAGAUAUUUGGAAGGAAUAAACAAACUGAUUCAUUAAAUAGGGUUUAUUUACCAAUUUUGUACAUCAUCUUAUAACUAAGUAUAGAUACUGAACUGUGAAAUAAAAUGUCAUAAAUGCAUGUUAAAUAUAUUUCUGUAAUAAAAAUGAAAGACUGCAUUACAGUUAAAAAA